GUACUACGAAUACUGACGAAUACAAGCACAUGUUGAGAGUGUCGAAGUUGUGCUUAUUAUUAUUAUAGUCCCCCAUAGUUCACGACUGCAAUCGACUGGAAGGUUCGUAGUAAAAUUGUAGGCAUUUGUAGAAAUUUGUUGUAAGAGUUAAAAGCUCAAGUUUUAAGUAUAAUUAAAAUUUUACUCUUCCGGCAUCAAAAAUUGAUUUGUAAAAAAUUAUCAGAAAUGUUGAUCGUUUCUGAAUUCAUUGUGUAGAUGAGAUGCGACCUAUUUAACAAUGUUUUAUUGAAAGGGUAUUUUCAAUGAAUUAACUUUUCAUGGAUCUCCAAAAAAUACUGAAGAUCUAUUAACUUUAGACGGAUAUCAAUUGAGUCAAUUAAAAGAGAGAUUUAUUAUAUACAUUUAAUGAUCGCCUGUUGAUAAGUUGAAUAAAUGACAAUGUAUCGAACAUCAAGUUUAGAUGGAAAAGUAGAGAAUAGACCAAAAGACAAUUUUGACUUUUGUAAUAUUGAAGCUGAUAAAAUGUUUAUCAAGUUUACUCCACCAACGGAAACACGGUUUUACUCUAAAAAUAAAUUUUCAUCGCGAUUGCUUAGUAAAUCAGUUCCUAGAAAAAGUCGUACACUAUUUCGCUACAAGAUUAACAGAUCUCUCAAUUUUGACGUUUGUCAAAAAAGGAAUGAUUAUUUUUUAUCACCAAAAGCAACUAACCAUUCUCCAAUUAAAAACAUACAUUUGAGCCGAUCAGCAAAAAUCUUAAAAGCUUUAAAUAUUGAGUAUAAUCCCAUGACAACUGGAUACAAAAAAAUAAAUAAGACAUUAAACUUUGAAUUAACACCAAGUCCAAAAAGAUUCCCUAAAACUAAUUCACGUCGUACAAUAUCAGAUUUUAGACUUUCUUCUCCAUCACCACGAAUUAAUAAAUCACUAAAUUUUGAUAGCUGUGAUGACUCUCCAAUAGCAAGUACUCAUAAUACAUCCGUCGAAUCAAUAGAUGAGAAUCAAAACCAAACUCCAUCACAAAGAAGUAGAAAAGUAAAAAAAUCCUUAAGUUAUAUUUCACUUAGCUCCAACGGAAGUAGCUCAUCCUUUGAUUUCAAUCUUCUCUCUCCCACGCUCCGUCCUGGUUUACGAGAGAAGAUAAAUGAUAUUGUUCGUGUCAGUAUGACGCCGGUACAUAAGCCGAUACAUCGUAGUUAUGAAAAUUUGAUAGAUGAAAAUAAUAUUGUUAUGAGUACACCUAGAAAUUUAUACAAGGACUUCAGUGAUGAUGAUCAAGAUAGACCAGAGACACCUGAAAAUGUUAUUAGACUUAUUCCGGAGAGCAUGAGUGCUAUAAAAAAGAGUCAUCGAAAGGAAAGAUUUUCUGGGCGUUUCUUGCAUCGAGCUCAAAUUCAUGGUGAUCAUCCUAAAAAAAUCGAUAUUGAAAUUGAUGAAGAACGACCUUCAACACCAUUGACUACAGAACGAGAACCAAGCCCCAACUACAGUAUACAUUCAAUAAAAAAGUCUCACAAGAAAGAUAAAAGUAGGAAAAGAAUAAGUGGGAACGUUUCAGAUGAUGAACAGUCUGAUACGGGAUCACUUUUCGACUAUUCAGAAGAAAUCGAAAACCUUGAAAGCAAAUUGACCGACGAAAAUAAUACUAAUAAAAUAAACCAAGAAGAUAAUAAAGAAAAUGAAUUUGAUAAAGAUGAAGCAGUAGAAUUUAAUGAUAAUUCUAAUUUUUAUUUAAUUCAAGAUGAUAACUCAGAAGAGCUUGAAGUACAUACACCUCCAAGAGUUAGAAUUCAAUCUGUAGUAACUACUUCAAAUCCCAGUACUCCAGAAAAUCGUAUUAACUAUCUACAAAAAAUUAUGAGUGAUUCUAUCAAAAAGUCUCAUAAAAAAUUGAAAGACUCAAAUAAGAAAAAACUUUUUAAACCACAAGUUUCGGAUACACCAAUUAACAUUGAUCAUAAUGAUAUAUUAUGUAAAGAACUUGAAGAUGUAACAGUAGGAAACACAAGUAAAAGAAAUGAAGAAAUGCCAAUAACUCCUACGUCAGACAACAAAAAUCGUUCGGUUACUCCAGAAAAUGUAAACUCUAGCAGAAUUUUAUUAGCUCAGUUUAGUUCUGUAAAGAAAUCACAUAAAAAAGAUAAACACCGUAAAAUCGGAUUUGCUCAACGUCAAAUCUCAUUAUCAGAAAAUAAUAAUGGUUCUCAUAUGGAACUUGAAAAAAGUCAACAAAAAUCAAGUAUCCCUUUGAUCAAUAUAUCUGAAGCCACUAAUUCAUCUAACUCAUUAUCUGGAUCAUUUUCUUUACAUAAUGAUAAAAAUUCUCAUUAUGAAAGCCUUCGAGACUCAUUACUAAAUAUAAGUGAUGAAGAUUUCAAAUUAAUUUCUUCGCCAAAUAAAAGAAAAAGCCCAUUGAAUAGUGAGUCGAACAAAAACUCAUCAUUUUCUAGCAAUCAAUCCCUUGACUUAAUUUGUAAAGAAAGUGCUGAAGAUGAAUUUAAAAUAUUUACACCCAUUAAAAGAAGAAAGUCGUUCAUUUUUACAACUCCUAGGGUACUGAACAAUUGUUCAUUUUCUACUCCAUUAAAAUCCUCUAAAGAAUUAUCUAAAAAUCGUUGUGAAACACCUAAAUUAGGUGUAAGUAUUUUGAAUAAUGAAGACAAUUUUUCCGAAGAACCCUAUGUAUAUAGUUCUCCUAAAGAAAACAAUGAUAAUGGUCGUUUAACUCCAGAUAAUCAAAAUUGUAUGAAGAUUCUUUCUGCAUUAAGUUCAAUCAAAAAAUCUCAUCGAAAAGACAAAUGGACAAAAGCAAGACGAAUUAGAUUAGUAGAAAAUGACAGAGAUGCUAAAAAUUUCAAUAAUCAAUGGCGUUCUUUGAAGACAUAUGAAUCUAGUUCAGACAGCGCUAAAAAUGAAUCUUCUCAAGAAUCACUUAGUCCAAAACCAUCAACAAGUUAUUUAAACGAAAAUAAUCCUAUAUCACCAUCAGUAAAAACGCCUCCUAAUAGUUUAGAGGCUAAGUCAUACCUGAGAUUGGUACAAUCUACUUCAAUUAAAAGAUCACAUAAAAAAAUGCGUGAAAAGAAAAAGCUAGAUUUAAUUCUUGAUCCAAAUUUAUCAGAUGAUGGGUCCAUUUUUGAUGAAAAAGAGAAAUCUCAACGUUUUGAUAAUAGUAUUGAUAAAUCAAAAGAAUUUAAUGAUAGCCAUGAAGAUUUUGUACCACUUGAUAAUAGUAAAGAAGCACAAGAAAGCAUUAGCAAAAAGUAUUCAAGUUUCAUCAAUUGCUCAAACAGAGAUAAGCAUUCUAACGAUGGAUCAAUAUUUGGGUCUGAUGAAGAAAUUGAAGAUUAAAGUAAUUAUCAUUGAAGAGUACUACAAAAUAAUUUGUCUGUAUUUUCUGAUCAUAAAACAUUGAUUCAACAAUUACGUUAAUGACUAAUACAUAGUUUAAACCGAAAAAAAACAAAUAAUUUUCAAAUUUAAUUGAACAUUCGGAUACUUAAAUUUUUUAUUAUUAAUAAAUAUAAAAUUGUAUUUCAGAGUAGGUAAAUUUUUUUUUAUUAUUUUAUGAUUGUACAACUAUAAAUGACAUUUUCUGGUCGAUGACGAUGAAGACAUAAAUAAUUGAGUUGAAGUGCCUUUUAUAUUUGUUAAACUUCGUUGAAAAAUAAUUCAUUACGUAUAAUUUCUAUCACAUUAACUCAUGAAGAUUUUGGGAAGUAUAUAUUCUUUUUUAAUAAUGAUUUCAGUCCUAUAACAAUUGUGAUAUGUAUAUAAUCAUUCUGAUUAAAAUAAGAAGUCUAAAAAAUUAUAUAAGCAUGACUUCAAUUACAACGAUAAAAAUAUAUUUCUAUAUAUAUCUUAUAAUUAGUUGUUUGUCAACAAUCAAAAAAUAAUAAUUUACUAAGGGUUUUGGUUCUAUUAAUUUGUUUUUAAUA